CGGGGGCGUGGCCGGAAAAGCGGGGGCGGCCCGAAGAGCCAGAGGCCCCGCCCACUCCCGCCUCUCAAGGGCGCGGACCCACAAGAAGUUUUUGGCGGCUUCGCUGGAGGCCGUUGGCCGCGCAUGCGUAGUGAGUCACUGCAAGGACCUGCGUUGGUGGUGAACGUUCCUCCCUCUCACAACUCCCGGCAUCGGCACCGUCUUCCUGCUAAUGACUCUUCAAACAACGUGGUCUUGACUUAAGACACGCAUCUCUCGGGCCUCGUCCCGAAAGACCUGGGCCUAGCUCCAAAGCCUUCCAGACGUUUCCCUCCCAGUCCUGGCUCCAUAGGGUCUUUCAGCUUCUGCCUCUCCCUUCCGAAAGCACAGCCCGCCGCUCACAGUCCCUCGCUCUCGGUAGGCGCCUUCCCACCGGGUCCCUUAACGAGUACUUCUAGCCACGCCCCUCGCAAGUCCGUGAAACUACGGCCUCUGCAGUAACCAGGCCACAACAGUGAGCUUGGAGAACCAAGGACAGGUCAGGCACUCCAGCAGGUAGGGACAGGGCUCGCUCCCCACAGCCGGCCGGGGUUUCCUUCUCCUCCGUGUCUCCUUCCCCCAAACAGCCACGCCUCAGAGAUGCCGAGAGCCCAGGGGACCUGCCCCCGUGCCAGAGUCAGAGUGGAAACACAAGACAGAGAAUAUGAGAGGAGCCCCCCCCCCCCCACCUUUGGCCAAGAUGCCUUUGGGACUCUCUUCAGGGAGCACCCGCUCCGAGGAUGGAACCGAGGCCUUCCUGGAAGGAAUGGCGGAUUGGGAGCUGAGCCGACUGCGACGGCAGUGCAAAGUGAUGGAGGGAGAGAGGCGGGCUUACAGCAAGGAAGUCCACCAGCGCAUCAACAAGCAACUGUGCAGAUCCGCGUGGCCCAGAGCCAGGUCAAGCGGCUGCGGGACAGCGAGAGGCUGGAGAACACUGGUCAUCUGCUGAAGUGUCGGGUCCGGGUGCAGGCCGAGGUCAAGGUGCUACAGGAGCAGACCAGAGCCCUGGACAAGCAGAUCCAGGAGUGGGAGACCCGGAUCUUUAACCACAGUAAGGAUAUCAAGGCCCCGGGACUCGUCCUGGAUCAGAAGGUCAAGAUCCGGCGAAGGAUCAAGAUCCUAGAAGACCAGUUGGACAGGGUCACCUGUCGCUUUGACAUCCAGCUGGUGCGGAAUGCGGCCCUGCGGGAAGAGUUGGAUCUCCUGCGCAUUGAGAGGAACCGCUAUCUGAACAUGGACCAUAAGCUGCAGAAGGAAAUCAGCGCCCUGCGACGCACGGUCAGCGCCCUAAUGGCCUCUUCUGCGGCCGCCUACACCGUCAGGGAGGAGGCAAAGACCAAGCUGGGCCUGCUGCGGGAGAGGGCGGAUAAGGAGGUGGCCCAGAACGAGACGGAGCUUCAGACCCUGCAGCAGCACACAGCGCACCUGGACCAGUUCCACCGCUUCCUCAAGCUCAAGAACGACGAGCGGCAGCUGGACCCCGCCGUCGUGGAGAAGCGCGAGAAGCGGGCCCGGGAGGUGGCCGAAGGCCUCCGGAAGACGUCCCAGGAGAAGCUGGUGCUGCACUGCGAAGACGCCAUGAACAAACUGUCCCAGCUGACUGGGGAGAGCGACCCGGACGUGCUGGUGGAGAGGUACCUGGAGAGGGAGGGGCGCAACUUCGCGGAGUUCACCUUCAUCAACGAGCAGAACUCGGAACUGGAGCGCCUGCAGGAGGAGAUCAAGGAGUUGCAGGAGACCUUGGCGAGCACCCGCCAGAGGGAGGAUAACCUUCGCCAGCAACGAGAGCAGCAGCGAAGGGCCCUGCAGCAGCGAACCGACGAGGUGCGCACGGAGGCCGACCAGGUGGAGGCCCGCUUCCAGGACCGUCGGGGACAGCUGGAGAAGCUCAAGGCCGACAUCCAGCAGCUCUUCACCAGGGCCCAGUGUGACAACACCGUCAUCAAGGACCUCCUGGGGGUCAAGACCCACAUGAGAGACCGGGACAUCAGCCUCUUCCUGGGCCUCAUCGAGAAGCGGCUGGUUGAUCUCUUGACGGUGCAGGCCUACGUAGACGUCCAGGUGGAGACCCCCACCCCCUCCAGCUUGGCUAACGCUGCCCUCCUGGUUCUGGGCCAGAGCCCCGAGGAUCUUCCAAAGAAGCUGGCCCCGCCGCAGCUCCCUGACAAUCCGGACGACCUCCCAGGCUUCGAGGCCAAAGACGACUAUCCGAUGAGCAAGGAAGAGCUGCGCAGCCAAGUGACGCAGUUGCUCGAGGCGCAGGAGCAGCAAGAGCAGGAAUUAGCCGAGGCCUUGAGGAAGGUCAACAGCAACCUGAGCGUCUCCAGCCUCCCCAGCAUCCAGAGGGUCAGCUCGGGCUCACCCCUGACGACCGCCAAGAGCCCCAGCAGGGUCCCCGGGUCCAUCCUGAGCCAGAGGACUAGUGGCGUCCUGGCAUCCAGUGGAGACCGCACCACGAGCACCAACGUCGGCCGCGUCGCCUUGGGAGAACCCGGCUCCAGCACGGGCCGCGUGACCUUCGGUUCCGCCAGCGCCGUGGGGGCGCCCGUGUCCAGCCGGGGCUCGACUGGGGGCCACGUGACCUUCAGAACCCCCAGCUCUAGUAGCUACCUGGGCUCCACCGGAUACUUGAGGUCCAGCGGAGGCCAGGGCAGCCCCGCGGGUGCGGAGAGCAGGGGCACCGGGUCAGAGUCAAGCGCAGGCCCCGGGACCAGCACCAGCAAAGACUAGCGGCCCCCCCCCCCCCCCUUGCCCUUGGCUCCCUGCAGGCCCUUCUCUGCCUUGAGAUUUCCCCGCGACCCUCCUGGUUCCAGGCCCUCUGUGAGUCUUUGCUCCGCAUCUGUCUGCCCGUGCCCUUCCCGUUGUCCCUGUGUCCAUCCGCUGGUUGUCGUCUCCUCAGCGAUGUCUCCUGGUCCCUUUCUCUCUUUCCAAACCCCGCCCCCCCAUUUCCCUUCCUGUCUCCCCAUUUCCUGUCAUCUUGGCUUCCCAUUCAGUGUGUGUUUCUGUCUCCUGUUCACAUCUCUGCCCCCAUCACUGCUGGUCCCCCGCCUCCCCCGUCCUGUGUCUGCUUCCCCACUUCUAAUUCCCUCUCCUGUCUCUACCUGCCGGGCUCUCCUUGUGCCUCAUGACCCCGUCUCUGCAGCUCCUCGUUCCUCGCCCUCCCCCCGGAGCCCCCAGGACUGCCCCCCCCCCCAGGACUGGGCAGCAGGGGAAGACUUGGAGGAAAGAUGUCAGGGUCAGCAUGAGCUGCGACCCUAGAAAAUAAAGGUCAGAGCCUGUUACCCCA